AUGCGUUCCUUCGCUGUUGUCCUGUCCACUCUGGUGGCUGCCACUGCCGCGACCAGCAGCUACACUCUGCCCGCUGGCUUCAACAUCGGCCAGAUCCUCCCCGCUGAGCGCAAUUCCUGGUGUUUGGCUGAGCGGAACGCUUGCCCGAAGAUCUGUGGUGGAACCACCAACAGCAAUUCAUGUGAUCCCCAAACUCUGGAUUUCGCCUGUGUCUGCAGCAACGGUACCACUGCCAAUGUAGAGCCCUACACACAGACCAUCCCCUUCUUUGUCUGCCAGGCCACUUUUGCCCAGUGCAUUGCUGCUGCGGCUACCCUGGAUGACGAUGAGAAGUGCAAGGAUGCUCAGAAGAAGUGCGGCACUGAGGACCCUUUCUCUUCGGAUUCUUCCUCGACCACCACAACCUCCUCCUCCAGUGUUCCCACCGCAACGGAGACGGAGAGCUCCACUGGAAAGCAGGUUGAGACCUCUGCCACUGCCUCGUCCACCACCAGCAGCACCGCCAGCGCUCAGACCAGCAAUGCUGCCAUCCGCGUGGGCCAGGAGCAUUCCACCGGCUUGAUGGCGACCGUCUUCUUCUUCGCCGCUCGUCUUUUGCUGUAA